UUGAUCUCUUCUGCGGUGUCGCUUAGCAUCAAUAUAAUUCCCAAUUUCCCAUUAAAGUUAUUAGAGUAGCUACAAGCUAUGUCGUUAUUUUACACAAACCGAGAGGUGCGAAUGAUAAAUGAUAGAAAGCGGAAGAAAGAAAUGUCCGACGCAGGCGUUGCAGAAGAGUUAGGGCUGAUGUAUUCCUGCGAUUUUUGCACGGACGAAUACGACAGUGAGACAGAGCUGCACGUUCACAGGAAGGUCAAACAUCGCGAGCAGGUGGCUAAUAUACUAACAGAGGAUACAAGCUGCAAGUUAUGCAUCAGUCAACACAAAGACUUUGAGGAACUAUUGAAACACACAAAAUCUACUCAUCUCUUGAGCUCUGAAGACGCUGAGCAUGUUCACCGGGAAAUCUUCAUCUGCGAUGUCUGCAACCUGAUGUAUUUCAACAAGAAGAUGCUGGAGAUCCACAUGCAAUACAUGCACGAUCCUAAAAACAAGUACAAACUCUCCGAAACAUGCCCGAAGUGCAACAAACAAAUCCAGAUCAAACAUGUUUGGUUUCAUUUUCAACGUCACAUGAUUCAAAGCAUUGCUUCCUGCCAAAUAUGUUUGAAAAAGUGUAGAAACCGGGCAGACUUACGGGACCAUCUCAAAAUACAUCCAAGUUACUACCAUUGUACGCUCUGUGGUUAUGAAAGUAAAGUUAAAGACAGUUUUACGGUGCAUAUGCAAGCGCAUAACAGCAAUUUGCAUGAAAGUGGGAAUAUUGCGAUAGAUGAGAGCAUGUUGCGGAAAUGCUUUGCUCCAAGGAAGAAUGCGAAAAAGAGCACUUGUAAUAUUGGGAUAAAAGGUCUAUGUUUAAAAGAUUUGUUUGUGUGUGUGUUAUGUAGAGGGCUUUGUAAGGAAGACGAGAAAGCGGCACACAUAGCCAAGUAUCACUUGGUGGAUAUAGUGGCUACGAAGAAACAGUACAUGUGUGUGUGCGGUGAACAGUUUUUCAACAAUGUGUUGUUGAAACAUCAUGUGUUCAAGUUGAAAGGAGAGCACAAAGCAUGUGACUCGUAGUACAGGUAUAAUCCUCGAUUCGCCCACCAUAUGUUAUAUUUUCUAUAAAAAGGGACCUUAUU